UGUUACUUCUUGUUUUUUUUUUCCAUUCCCAUUCUUUUUUUUUCUCUUUUCCCCAACCACUUUUUUUUCUUUAAACACAAAAAAACACAUUCUCUUAUUAAUAUGUCUGUCCCAGUUGCUUUCAAUGAUAUUGGCAAAUCCGCCAAGGACCUUUUGUCCAAGGAUUACCCUAUUGGUGGUGUGAAGCUCGAAGUCAAGACCACUGCUCCUAACGGUGUGACUUUCAAGGUUAACGGUCAACGUGACAACAAGACUGGUAUCAUCGUUGGUGAUCUUGAAACCAAGUAUGCUGAUAAGGUCAAUGGUAUUUCCUUCACUGAAGCCUGGACUACCUCCAACCACCUUAAUGGCAAGAUUGAACUCGAAAACAACUUGGCUAAGGGUCUCAAGCUUGAAUUGGUUACUUCUCUUCUUCCUUCUGCCAAUGAUAAGCGUGCUUCCGUCAAUGCUAUCUACAAGAAGCCUAACGUCCACACUGUUGCCACUCUUGAUGUCUUCAAGACCAACUUCAGCGUCAACUCCGUUGUUGGCCAACAAGGUUUCCUCGUUGGUGGUGAAGUUGCUUACAAUGUUCUCGAUGGAAAGAUCAGUCGUUACAAUGCUGCUGCUGGUUUCAACACUGCUGAAUACUCUGUUGCUCUCCAUGCCACCAACAACUUGAACACCUUUGCUGCCUCUUACUACCAUCGUGUCACCUCUGAUCUCGAAGCUUCUGGUAAGGCUGCCUGGGAUUCCAAGGGUACCAAUGCUGUUGCUCUUGAAGUUGGUGCCAAGCUCAAGUUGGAUAGCUCUGCCUUUGUUAAGGGUAAGAUCUCUAACUCUGGUGUUCUCGGUGUUGCCUAUACUCAAUCCCUUCGCCCUGGUGUCAAGGUUAACCUCGGUGCUGCCAUUGAUACUACUCGUCUCAAUGAAAAUGCUCACAAGGUUGGUGUCUCCUUCACUUUGGAAAACUAGAUUAGUUUCUUUUUAGUAUAUAGUAUAAAAAAAAAAAAGAGGUAUUCUUUUUGUUUUUUGUGGAAAUUUUAUAGUGUUAGAUCAAUACGUCCUUGGUUAGUCUAUUACUUUUUUUUUGUAAUUCCUUUUUUUAUGUGAAACCCCAUUGUUAAAUAAAUUGUACUUAAAAAAAAAACCAAAUAAACGAUUAUGUUGAAUGUU